UUCUUAGGCCUUCCACUUUUCCGAAAUGUGACCCUAAAGUGUCUGACAGAAAUUGCUGGCGUUGCAGUACCUUCAUAUGAUGAAUCAUACAUUUUGAUGUUCUCACAGACCAUCACAAAUUGGAAGAGAUGCUGCCAGCUUGACACAAAUAUCAGAGAAGCUUAUGCUAAUGGCCAAGAUGCAGAACAACAGUUUAUACAAAACUUAGCUCUCUUUCUCUGCACUUUCCUCAAAGAGAGAGGUUCAUUGGUAGAGAGGAGACAACUCAGUGAUGCCUUACUCAAGGCCCUUCAGUACCUGAUCUUGAUCUCUGAAGUAGAUGAUACAGAAAUCUUUAAAAUUUGUCUAGAGUACUGGAAUGCUCUAGCCUCAGACCUGUACCGAGAAUCCCCGUUCCUACCUCCCACUGGAUCUUCUCCUCUUUAUCUACCAAGACCCACCUCUAGACGGCAAUUUUAUCAACCUAUUCUCACUAAGGUAUAG